GUUAUCCUACGUAUCGGAUGACAAAGGCCGAUUGAGAUGGCUCGGGGAAUCCUCAACCUGGUCCUUCAGCCGCAAGACAUUGAUGGUAAUCCGAGACCACCUCAAAGCAUCAGACCUGCCUGAUGUUUGCAUAAACGAAGAGAGCAGAGCCUACGACUUGGAUUGGGGUAACCAACCAUUCGAUAGUGCUGCGAAGUUUCACAAUCUACCGUCGAUUGACCAUGCCACCUACUUGAUAGAAAGUCUCAAGUUCCAUGUCGGUCAAAUAUUUCAUCUUUUCGACGAAGCAAAUUUCAUCCACCAAGUCCGCGAAUUCUAUGUGAAUCCCGCCAAGUAUGCCGGAGAAAAUAGGAUUUGGUAUGUUCAGUUUCUAGCCGUCCUGGCACUGGCAAAGGCGGUCGGAACAAAUCCAGCCAAGGGAUCAAGGACGCUCCCACGAUCCGAAUUCUUUACUCGAGCUAUGUCGCUCAUGCCUGAUUCGUCUUACCUCUUUAAUGACGCCUUGACCGCAAUUGAGGCCUUGUGCAUCAUUGCCUUGUACUUGCAGAGUGCCGACAUGAGAAAUUCCGCAUACAUAUACACUGGACAGGCUACACGUAUGUCAUUAGUCUUUGGCCUACACAGGGAGCGCCCGACAGAUGGCAUCUGGAGUCCCGAAACAGCAGACCGUUGCCACAAGGUCUGGUGGACAGUCUACAUCCUCGAGCGGACCUUUACGUCGACUAUAGGUGUUCCAAUGUCUGUUCAUGAGGAAGACAUCACUACACCCAUGCCUAAACGGGACGGUACCCAACACGACAUCUCCUUGUACAUCCAUGUUAGAAUAUCGGGCCUUAUCUUCCAAGUUAUUAGAAAGGUAUAUGGAGCCGAAGGACGCCUACAAGCGAGCUUCCUGCCUAGCGUGCGGGAGGUUCUCACCAAGAUCGCAUCCAUUGCUGGUGACCUGAAUGGGUGCUUUCCCCUUCCCUCCGACGGCUCUGGAGCAGGGAUAUCCCGUGCUGCAGCACAUUUGCAUCUUGUCUAUCAUCAGGCCGUCCUGCUCACUAUGUAUCCCUUACUCUUGUAUCUGGUCCAGGCCCGUUUAAGGGAGGAGUCCCGGGAACCCAAGGCCUCACGAACAUUUUCGGAAACUACACAAGCUCUGUUGAAAACUUGUGCAGAAUCAUGCAAUACCAUGAUUCACAUUCUCAGCGCUCUACGACAGGAAGGGCUUUUGGAAUGCUCUCUUCCGUUUGAUCUAGAACGGAUAUUUUCGGCAGCUUUUGUGUUGAAGAUGCUCCACUUCCUUACACCACGGCUCAAAUCAUACCGGCCACUACGCAGCGAAUCGAAUCUCCUUCUCGAUGACCUAAUUGACAGGGGGAGCAUCCCAGCCCGAUUUCGCAAGUCCGAAUUAGUGUCACUGGAAGUAAUGAUGCAAACUUGGACGGACGAGGGACCAGAAAUCGUCGAUGACGGACCCUCCCAAGAAAGUGAAAGGCCGCAGGAUACUGUUCUGCACUCAGAGCUACCACAACUCGAAGGGGUUGAAACUGGCCUUGGAGAAUUCGAAGCGAACUUCGUGGACCCAAAUAGGAUGUCACCGGGCCAUCUACUCUCGCUAGUAGAGAUGGUAGAUGUUCAAGAAGGGGCCACAGAUUCUGACAUGGCAUGGAUGGAUGCAUGGUUGUGGGAAAAUCCCGAAGAGCUCCCACUUGUAUAACCGGCAAUUCUGGUGAAGGUCGAAUGUAUAUUCCAUGGGAGUGGGAACC